GCGGGGGAGAGCGAGAGCGAGAGGGGGGAUUUUUUUCCUUUUUCCCUUAUUUUUUAAGAGAAAGCGCCUCCCCGACUCCGUCUCCUCCUCUCGUCCUCGUGGUCGUCGUCUCGCCUUCUUCGCCGCCGAGGCGGAGCAAUUGCGCGGGGAGUUCGCUGAUUAAUUCCGGCCAAAUCUUGAAUUCCCCUUGAUAAAUCGGGAUAAGGUAGCCUCGCAAUCCAUCUGUGUGCCCUCCCUGGAUGUUUUUCCGGUGUUUUUUCUACGAGUUUUUCGUGCACUUUUGGUGGGAUUGGGCCAUUUUGGGUGUGGGGGCGUGGCGAUUUCGCGACAUUUCUGGCCGUUUUGAUACGUUUUUUUUUCUUUGGGCAUCGGGCCUAGGAAUCUUGCGCGGGAAGAGCUAAUCGAAUCGGUCGGAUCGUUCGGAGAUGGACGAGAAGGUGAAGAUGGAGAGCAAGCUGUCCUCCGCGGCGGCGUUUGUGGAGGGAGGCGUGCAGGACGCCUGCGACGAUGCCUGCAGCAUCUGCCUCGAGGCCUUCUGCGACAACGACCCCUCCACGGUGACAAGUUGCAAGCACGAGUACCAUCUCCAGUGCAUUCUUGAAUGGUGCCAGAGAAGCUCUCAGUGUCCCAUGUGUUGGCAACCUAUCAGCAUGAAGGAUUCUAUGAGCCAAGAGCUACUUGAGGCCGUUGAGCAAGAGAGGAACAUCCGAGCUAACCGUUCGAACACUGCUGCUAUUUUUCACCAUCCAGUAUUGGGUGAUUUUGAGGUUCCUGUAGGAGCUGAUGACACUGAACUUGAGGAGCGCAUUAUACAGCACUUGGCUGCUGCUGCUGCAAUGCGUAGGUCACACAGACAUGGUAGAAGAGAUGGCCAUCGUAGCCGGUCUGGAGCUCAUAGCCGCCCACAAAUUGUGGUAUUUUCAAGGAAUGAGGGUAUUCCUGGUGGCUCCGUGCAUCCAGGUUCAGGCCAAGAUGGAGAUCAUGAACAAUCUCCGGGUUUAGGUUCUGCUCGUCCUUUUGCUGCUCUUGCUGCUACAGACCAAGGACAUCUGAGUGGUGGUUCACAGCUAUUUGUGGGUCAUUCUGACCAGGGUUCUUCCAAUCCAUCUCUGCAUGAUGAAAGAGCAAUGAGCAGGACUUCUGAAAAUCAAUCUACAUCUGUCAAUCAAGAUACAGCAGGACCAUCUGAUCUGCAGUCAUUCUCUGACACACUGAGAUCUCGUCUACAGUCAGCUUCGACUAAGUACAAAGAUUCUAUAACAAAGAGCACACGGGGAUGGAAAGAAAGGUGGUUUUCUCGGAGUAACACUAUAUCAGGCCUUGGCACUGAAGUAAGGAGGGAGGUCAAUGCUGGGCUUGCUGCGGUAUCUCGCAUGAUGGAACGGCUAGAAACAAAGGAUGGCACUGGACCAUCUGCUGUUCCUACAGCUAGUGCUAGUUCUCCUUCAGAUGCCAAUAAUCAAAGGAUAGGAUCCCCCAACCAUGCUGCUGUUGUAAAUGAUACUUCUCCCACGACUUGUGCGUCAGGAUCUGGGUCUCAAUGACCCACUGCAUGUUUGUUGAAGAAUCGAUACAACUUUGAAGACAGGCCCUGAGAGACGCCAUCAGUUUGGAGCCACCUGAGAUCCAGCGAUGCUUCAUGAUCUUUGCUUAGGUCUGUGUGCUUCAGAAGUUCGCUGAAGCUCUUGCGUCCAGAUCACGGGGCAUCAGGCUUGUGCUUCCACCCGAUGAACCUUUUACAUUUUUUUACCUUGUCUAAUAUUUGCGAGGCUAUUAUAAAAUGGUAUCGCUGUAAAUUGCAACAGAAGGAAUGUCGGUUGUGAAAUUCUUGUUGAUAUCCCUAUAAAUCUAGUGCACCAAUGGGGCGAUGAUGAUGAGUCAUCGAACCGGAUUUUUAGCUA